AUGCGCUGGUUUCUGCCUGCAUCAAUUGGCCUCCUCCACGCCGCCGUCAACGCCCAGACACCAGUAUCGUCCGAGGUAUUCGACAAAACGCUGCGGUAUGCGCAAUUCGCCGCCGCAGUGUACCAGGAGGACUGCCCGACGCCGCCCUUUGGCUCCGAGAUUGUCAAGAGUGUCGACGACGCCGACACGAGCACCCGAGCGGCCAUCUUCCGCGACGACAAGGCCAAGGAAGUCAUCGUCGCAUUUCGCGGCACCUCGUCGCCUCGGGAGCUCGACUUUGACCUGGCCUUUACGCUCGUCCCGCUCAGCGUGCCAGGCACGACCUGCCCCGACUGCAAGGUCCAUCAAGGGUUUCAAGAAUGCUACACCGCCCUGAUGAAGCCUCUGGCCACGACCCUGCAGGGCUUGCUGUGCGAAGAUGGCUGGCGCCUCGUCGUCACGGGCCACUCCCUCGGCGGGGGCAUCUCAGCCAUCGCCGCGGCAUCCUUCACCGGCCUGGGCUUCCAGGUGUCUGAAGUGUUUACCUACGGCGAGCCGCGCAACGGAAACGCCGCCUGGGCGCGGCACGCGAGCGAGGUGGUGCCGGACGACCGCUACUUUCGCGUGACGCACUCCACGGACGGCAUCCCGCAGAUCCCGCCGGCCGUCCUGGGCUACGUCCACCACUCGCCGGAGUACUUCCAGAGCGAGGAGGCAAACAACACGGCCGGGUCGACCUGGAAGUGCGAGAUUGACUCUCCGAAAUGCAAUGCCGGCCAGGAUUUUGGAUCGAGUCUGGUCAAUAAUGCGCACGUGUCGUAUAGCAAUACCGUGGUUGGGAGCUCGUUGUUUGUCCCGGCCUGCGGUGCGGUAUGGCCAUGA